AUGGGCGACGGCUGGCGCGACGUAACAACAUACUUCGACAUCGAAACCCUCCUCAAAAGCGACGCCUGGAGAGAAUUCACAUACAUCACUCCCUGCACCGACUUCAUCGCAUCAGGCUACGACCACCGCCGCAAGCGCGUCGCGCAACCAGAAACCUGGGACGCCCUGCUCAAAGACCGAGACGGCGCAGAUUCUGGCGCAGAAGUACGCAUGAUGAUUGUCCCAUACAAACAGGAAAAAGCUACCGGCGACCUCACGACCGAAGACGGCCGCCUCAUGCAGCCCUGGCACGCAGCCCCCGGCCACGAAGUCAUCGAGAACCCCCGCCUCGCCGCCCCCGACCAAGACCUCAAGGGCGAAGUCCGCAUCACCGCGCGCAGGGGAAAGCGCGCCAUCCCUGUACAAACCGGCAUGAGCGAGAAGGAAUCGUGGAAAGCGCUCAAGGGCAGGAAAGGCGGUUUUGCGCCUGAAGAUUGGAUGCCCUACCACAACGACAUGGCCGACGCCGUCGGCUGGAUCUACGGCGGCUGGGGACGCCGCGCGCACCUGGCGGAUCAGGCCCUGUCCAGUUGA